AUGGCGCGUAAGCACCACACCUGUUAUGUUUGUGGCCAGCGCGGCCACAUGGCCUGGCAGUGUGUCCAGGCGGAGGCGGCGGAGCUGGUGAUUCGGCGGAGGCUCGCGCCCGCCGCCUCCGAACCCGCCCAAGCCGCCCAGCAGCCAGCCACUGGGGCCGCGGCCCAGCAGGGCCAGUGGCUGCCUCCGCCGCCUCCCGCCACCCCGCUGCUCCCCUCUGUUCUCGCCCCCGCCAAUUGGCCAUCGGCCAAACGUCGUCCUGCCCAGCCUUGCCGGAAAUCCUGUGAGCGAUGUGUUUUCAAUGGACACACAAUCAAUGAAGACGAGUAUAUCUCCCACCACGGGGGGUGGUGGGGGGAGCUCAUGGUCAGGCCGCCAUCCCUGCCAUCCAUCUACUACCUCUCCCGCCCGUCCUCCGCCGCCUCUAUGAUCGCGCCGCAGCCCCGGGCUCCGGUCCAGAGUUACCCGCCUAGUUUAUAG